AUGACCCAGGAAGAGACUUCGACUGACGGAAAGGGCAAGGGAAAGUCCCUUGCCCACAACGGGGCCCGUCCCGAAGAGAAUGCUUCGUUCUCCCGCCCGGGAUAUAUGACUGUUGGGAACGGUUCGACGUCCGAGCAUGCUGCGAGACUCCAGGAAAUGCUAGAGAAGGAUUCCGGCUACGGGGGUAGUUCGACCGCUGACGAGAUGUGGCACCCUUCUCUGCACCCCGACACGCAUCUUCCCACCGCCUCCCCGUCCGACGCCUCCGAUGCAGACCGACGCGCCCAGGCUGGCGCCAUACACCAGCUCUGGUACAAUCAGCACCGUGGUUCCCUUGGAAGAUCGAUAACGAACGUAAUCACGUUGCUCAAGGAACUGCAGGAUAUGAAUGCGACGUGGCCGGCGCACUAUCCGUCGGUCCAGAAAACCGAGACUCGCGCUCCUUCGAGACCAGCUUCCCGACAGAGCCUCCAACGUACUUCGACUGCGAUGAGCGACUUUUCUCGUGGCCCAGCUUCCUCUCCACCUACUCCUCCCCCCGGCUUGCGACGAGCUAGAACCUCUCUUGACGAUUAUCCCGGGGCCGAGUCCAGCAGGGCAGCCGAGUCGAGAACCGUUGCCGAACCGAGGCUGGUAACACCACAGAUUGCGCAGGAAUUCUCUAUCCUCAAACUCGACCUCAAGCUCGGCGCUCUUCACCAGGCAGAGCUCGUUCAUUCACUUGAGAAGGCCUCGAUUGCCUCGCUGUUGGACGGAAAGAUCAGUUCGAGUAUCAAGCACUUGUUGGCCCUGCGAGAACGAAUUGAGGACACAUCAAGCAAGGUCCUGGUCACAGGAGACCUCAAUGCCGGAAAAUCAACCUUCUGUAACGCCCUUCUCCGACGAAAAGUUCUACCCGAAGACGAGCAACCCUGCACAGCCGUCUUUUGCGAAGUGCUGGACGCGAGAGAUAAUUCCGGCGUUGAGGAGGUUCACGCCGUCCAUAUGGACGAAGUAUAUAACCGCCACGACGAAUCGACCUACGAUGUCUACGGACUAGAGGAACUUGAGCAGAUUGUCGGCGACAAUACGAAAUACAUGCAGUGCAAGGUCUAUAUAAGGGAUUCGAGGGCCAUUGAUGAGUCCCUACUCAACAAUGGGGUUGUGGACAUUGCGCUCAUCGACGCGCCUGGUCUCAACUCUGAUACGACGAAGACAACAGCCAUCUUUGCCCGCCAAGAGGAAAUUGACGUCGUCGUGUUUGUUGUAUCAGCGGCGAAUCAUUUUACUAUUACAGCUCAAGAUUUUAUUUUGACGGCAGCGGCUGAGAAGGCGUAUCUCUUCAUCGUCGUUAACGGAUUCGACAACAUCAAGAAUAAGGACAAGUGCCAGAAGAUGAUCCUCCAGCAGAUCCGGGGUCUCAGCCCGCAGACCCACAAAGAAGCAGGGGAGCUUGUCCACUUCGUCUCAAGUAACUCUAUUCCGGUUGCGCCACCUCCUCCCGGUGCUCCAGGUGGUCCCGGUGGAAGCGGUACGGCUAGUAGUGGUGGAGGCGGCGGUGGUGAUGACGGACCUGGUGACGAUUCAAAGGGCAAGGGCAAGGAUGCAGAGAAGAUCCGUGAUUUCCAAGCCCUGGAGCAGAACCUCCGGAGGUUUGUUUUGGAGAAGAGAGCCAAGUCGAAGUUGGCACCGGCUAGGACAUACCUGCUCAACAUUCUCAACGAUCUCCACUCGCUUGCAACGGUAAAUGCCGAGAUAGCAGAGUCGGAAAUCGCCAGGGUGAACAGCGAACUGCACGAGAUCGAGCCCCAGCUUGAAUCCAGCAGGAAGGCAGUGUCGGAUACCGGCGACCUGGUGGAAAAGGUAAUCGAGGACACGAGUAACGAGGUGUACACCUACAGCCGGACCACUCUUGGCAACGCCAUUUCCCAUGCGGGAGAGCACACCCACGACGUGCCCUACCCCGGCAUCUUCGGCGCCUUCGAUUUUGCCGAUGAGGUCAAGGAGGCGAUGCUAGCCCACAUCGCGCACUCCGUCAGCGUGUGCGAAGAGUACGCCAGGGGCAAGACGGUGAGCGGCGUCAACGUCAUCAAGCAGCUCGGGAUCCUCCACGUGGGCGACGAGUUCCAGAACCUUAGCUUCAGGCCAGACGUCAUGUUCAGCCGCAAGCGAGAUGCUCUGGCGCGGCAGGUUGACGUAGAGCCGGAGUUUUGGGACUUUAUCGACGUGGGGACAUUGUUGCAGAGGCAAGAGAAGGUUGCUGGGACGGGUAUGGCGCUCACGGUUGUGACGGCGGUGGGUUCUAGGGCGAUUGGGCUGAAUACUUGGAUGGAUAAUGCUAUGGGUGUGGCGAAGAUUGUGAGCAAUGAUAACCUUCGCCGCCUCAUUCUUCCUGGCCUUCUAGUUGCUGCCGUCGCCGCGACAGCCUACGUCCUCAACCAAAUCCCCAACUCCCUCCCCCGCCGCCUCCAAGAGAAGAUCUCCGCCCGGCUGACCGAGAUGGACUACGUCCACACUAACUCGAGCCGCAUCUCCGGCUCGGUCCGCAAAGUCCUCCGAUACCCGGCCGACAACCUCCGGGUGUCGCUCGACCAGUCGGUCAAGGAGCUCGGCACGCGCCGCGAGGACACGCUCAAGGUCCGGGCCGAGAGCGAGGUGGCGCUCAAGUACUUUGGCAACCUGGUGCGCAAGAGCGCGACACAGAGGAAUGCGGUGGAGAAUAUUGACUUGGAGAGUCCCCCGCCGGGGGCUGCGCAGUAUCAUUAA